AGAACAUGAGUAUGAAAUGGAACCUCAGCUCUUUCAAUGACUUCCCUUUUUGGGUUGACUCCACCUCUAUAUGUGGGCUUUUCAUUUUCAUGAGAGUGAAGUGAUUUUUAGAAUUCUUAGUCCUUUCUUUUAGAAGAACAUUUCUAUGGAAUAAUACGAGAAGAUUUAGGGAAUUACUGAAGUUAUAAAACUUUGGAAUGAACAAACUCAGAAUGACGCUGCUUGAAGACUCUGGAUCUGCUGACUUCAGAAGACAUUUUGUCAACUUGAGUCCCUUCACUACUGCCGUGGUUUUACUUCUCAGUGCCUGUUUGUUCACCAGCUCUUGGGGAGGACCAGACAAGGAGCUGAGGCUAACUGAUGGUGAAAACAAGUGCAGCGGGAGAGUGGAAGUGAAAGUCCAAGAGGAGUGGGGAACGGUGUGUAAUAAUGGCUGGAGCACGGAAGCAGUCUCUGUGAUUUGUAAGCAGCUGGGAUGUCCAACUACCGUCAAAGCCGCCAGAUGGGCUAAUUCCAGUGCAGGUUCUGGGCGCAUUUGGAUGGAUCACGUUUCUUGUCGUGGGAAUGAGUCAGCUCUUUGGGAUUGCAAACAUGACGGAUGGGGAAAGCAUAGUAACUGUACUCACCAACAAGACGCUGGAGUGACCUGCUCAGAUGGAUCCGAUUUGGAGAUGAGGCUGACGAAUGGAGGCAAUAUGUGUUCUGGAAGAAUAGAGAUCAAAUUUCAAGGACAGUGGGGAACAGUGUGUGAUGAUAACUUCAACAUGGAUCACGCGUCUGUGGUUUGUAAACAACUUGGAUGUGGAACUGCUAUCAGUUUCUCUGGUUCAGCUCAUUUUGGAGAAGGCUCUGGACCAAUCUGGUUUGAUGAUCUUGUAUGCAAUGGAAAUGAGUCAGCUCUCUGGAACUGCAAACAUCAAGGAUGGGGAAAGCAUAACUGUGAUCAUGCUGAGGAUGCUGGAGUGAUUUGUUCAAAUGGAGCAGAUCUGAGCUUGAGACUGAUAGGUGGAGUCAAUCAAUGUUCUGGAAGAUUAGAAGUGAGGUUCCAAGGAGAAUGGGGGACAAUAUGUGACGAUGGCUGGGAUAGUAACGAUGCUGCUGUGGCAUGCAAGCAACUGGGAUGUCCAACUGCCAUCACUGCUGUUGGCCGAGUUAAUGCCAGUGAGGGAUCGGGACACAUCUGGCUUGACAGUGUUUCUUGCCAGGGACAUGAAUCUGCUAUCUGGGAAUGUAAACACCAUGAAUGGGGAAAGCAUUAUUGCAAUCACAUUGAAGAUGCUGGUGUGACAUGUUCUGAUGGAUCAGAUCUGGAGCUAAGACUUAGAGGUGGAGGCAGCCGCUGUGCUGGGACAGUUGAGGUGGAGAUUCAGAGACUAUUAGGGAAGGUGUGUGACAGAGGCUGGGGACUGAAAGAAGCUAAUGUGAUUUGCAGGCAGCUGGGAUGUGGAUCUGCCCUCAAAACAUCCUAUCAAGCGUACUCCAAAAUCCAGGCAACAAGCACAUGGCUGUUCCUAAGUAGCUAUAAUGGAAAUGAAACUUCGAUUUGGGACCGCAAGAACUGGCAGUGGGGUGGACUUAACUGUGAUCACUAUGAAGAAGCCGAAGUUACCUGCUCAGCCCACAGGGAACCCAGACUGGUUGGAGGGGACAUCCCCUGUUCUGGACGUGUUGAAGUGAAGCAUGGCGACUCGUGGGGCUCCGUCUGUGAUUCUGAUUUCUCUCUGGAAGCUGCCAGUGUGCUAUGCAGGGAAUUACAGUGUGGCACUGUUGUCUCUAUCCUGGGGGGAGCUCACUUUGGGGAGGGAAAUGGACAGAUCUGGGCUGAAGAAUUCCAGUGUGAGGGACAUGAGUCCCAUCUUUCACUCUGCCCCAUAGCAUCCCGCCCAGACGGAACUUGUAGCCACAGCAGGGAUGUUGGAGUAGUCUGCUCAAGAUACACGGAAAUUCGCUUGGUGAACGGCGAGACCCCAUGUGAGGGCAGAGUGGAGCUCAAAACCCUUGGGGCCUGGGGAUCCCUCUGCAGCUCUCACUGGGACAUAGAAGAUGCCCACGUUCUUUGCCAGCAGCUUAAAUGUGGAGUCGCCCUUUCUACCCCAAAAGGAGCACGUUUCGGAAAAGGAAGUGGUCAGGUCUGGAGGCAUAUGUUUUACUGCACUGGGACUGAGCGGCACAUAGGAGAUUGUCCUGUAACUGCUCUGGGUGCUUCACUGUGUCCUUCAGGGCAAGUGGCCUCUGUGAUCUGCUCAGGGAACCAAUCCCAAACCCUGUCCCCGUGCAAUUCAUCAUCCUUGGGCCCGACAACGCCUACCACUCCAGAAGAAAGCGCUGUGCCCUGCAUAGAGAGUGGUCAACUUCGCCUGGUAAACGGGGGAGGCCGCUGUGCCGGGAGAGUAGAGAUCUAUCAUGAGGGCUCCUGGGGCACCAUCUGUGAUGACAGCUGGGACCUGAGUGACGCCCAUGUCGUGUGCAGACAGCUGGGCUGUGGAGAGGCCGUGAAUGCCACUGGUUCUGCUUAUUUUGGGGAAGGAACAGGGCCCAUCUGGCUGGAUGAGAUGAAAUGCAAUGGAGAAGAAUCCCGCAUUUGGCAGUGCCAUUCACAUGGCUGGGGGCAGCAAAAUUGCAGGCACAAGGAGGAUGCAGGAGUCAUCUGCUCAGAGUUCAUGUCUCUGAGACUGACCAGUGAAGCCAGCAGAGAGGCCUGCGCAGGGCGUUUGGAAGUUUUUUACCAUGGAGCCUGGGGCAGUGUUGGCAGGAGUGGCAUGUCUGAAACCACUGUGAGUGUGGUGUGCAGGCAGCUGGGCUGCGGAGACAGGGGGAAAAUCAACGCUGUGUCUUUAGAGAAGGCAACGUCCAUUCCCAUGUGGGUGGACAAUGUUCAGUGCCCAAAAGGACCUGACACGCUGUGGCAGUGCCUGUCAUCUCCAUGGGAGCAGAGACUGGCCAACCCCUCGGAGGAGACCUGGAUCACAUGUGACAACAAGAUAAGACUUCAAGAAGGACCUACUUCCUGUUCCGGACGUGUGGAGAUCUGGCAUGGAGGCUCCUGGGGGACGGUGUGUGAUGACUCCUGGGACUUGAACGAUGCUCACGUGGUGUGUCAACAACUUGGUUGUGGUCCAGCUUUGAAAGCAUUCAAAGAAGCAGAGUUUGGUCAGGGGACUGGACCCAUAUGGCUCAGUGAAGUCAAGUGCAAAGGGAAUGAGUCUUCCUUGUGGGAUUGUCCCGCCAGACGCUGGGGCCACAGUGAAUGUGGGCACAAGGAAGACGCUGCAGUGAAUUGUACAAAUAUUUCAGAGCACAAAAACCCACAAAAGGCCACAACAGGUCGCUCAUCCCGCCAGUCCUCCCUUAUUGCAGUCGGGAUCCUCGGGGUUGUUCUGUUGGUCAUCUUCGUCGCAUUAUUCUUGACUCGAAAGCGAAGACAAAGACAGCGGCUUGCAGUUUCCUCAAGAGGAGAGAAUGUUGUCCACCAAAUUCAAUACCGGGAGAUGAAUUCUUGCCUGAAUGCAGAUGAUCUGGACCUAAUAAAUUCCUCAGAAAAUUCCAAUAAGUCAGCUGAUUUCAAUGCUGCUGAACUAAUUUCUGUGUCUAAAUUUCUUCCUAUUUCUGGAAUGAAAAAGAAGGCCAUUCGGAGGCACACUGAAAAGGAAAAUGGGAAUUUGUAACCCAGUGAGUUCAGCCUUGAAGAUACCUUGAUGAAGACCUGGACUAUUGAAUGGAGCAGAAAUUCACCUCCCUCACUGACUAUUACAGUUGCAUUUCUAUGGAGUUCUUCUUCUCCUAGUGUUCCUAAGAGUGCUGCUGAAUUUAUGAAAGUUAAGUUUGUGAACGUGACUACUUGACGGUGUAUAUGAGACUUUCAAGAGAAUUAAAUAAAUAAUUAAGAAUAUUACUGA